GUCAGAAGUUGACCCCAUGGGCUGCGUUUGAGCCGCUCAAGUGAGAAGACAUCACAUUGGCAGCGUGCCUAUCCUUCCCUUUGUUGCACUUGUUGCCAUGGCCUACCAGUACCCCGCAGGGGCCAUGCCUCAGCCUGUGACCUACACGUCCGGAGCGCCGUACGGUGCGGACUACUCGGGCUACUCCAUGCCGCAAAGCAUGCCGAUGCCUGCAAUGCCUGCCGCCUUGGACCACGCGAUGGGCAAGUGGUUUGCUCCUGGAGAGGCGCUGCCCCCGGGUUUUGUGGUGACCUCCCACCCUGAGGGCCACACAGCUCCCCAGCAGAAUCAUUCCAUGUCGGACAAGGCCCGUGAGAGCUUCGUGAUCAGUGCCGGUGAUGCGGCCGCAGCGGUUGGCUCCAGCAUGGCCAGGGCAGGAGCGUCCGCUUCGUCCUCUCUCAAGAAGUCCAAGAAGAGCAAGAAGAAGAAGAGCUCCGGCUGCUGCUGAGCCGAGCAGGCAGGCUUAGGCGGAUAUCAGUGAAAUUACAAGCUCUCAGAUCUGGCGGAGGCGUCGGCUCUCAGAGUCCAAGGUCAACAUGGACCAUCCUUUGGGAAUAAUUUCUGCUAAUGCCAAAUGGAGCAUCACAGCGAUGGCUGUGAAUGCGAUGCG